AUGCGGAAGCAUCAGCGCACAAGGAAGCACCGCCGCGCCGUGCGCAGACAGAAGACAGCCGAGGCGGCUCUCAAAGCUAACCGCCGGAUUGACGACAACCCGAAGGUGAAAGACGUGGAGAAGGAGCGCCUGCUCACGCUAUUUCAGACGGCACUCUUCAUCGCUAAGUCCGACGCCCCGAUCGAGAUGUACGUGGACCUCGUCCAACAUCUAGCGCAGCGUGGCACGCCGGGCUUCCCAAAGAGCAGUGAUGGUGCCUACUACACGACGGAAGCGCUUGCUGCAAAGGAGGCGGCUAAGGCACUACCCGAGCUUGGCAUAAUCGACGCGGUUGUCCGCGCAUUGGCGGAAGAUCUCGGCAGAUCCAGCAACUACAACCGCAAGUUCAAGGAGCUGCAGGAGGUGUUCACGCAUACCAACCUCGAGGUUGACCUCACUGCAGUGCACUCCCAGGUGAGGCGGACCAUCAUCUACAUGGAGCAGCGGUACCUGAACUGUGGCCAGCAGUUUGGCGGUGGGACCAGCGAGCUGCUGUCUGCAUUCCUCGCGCGGCACGCCUCCCCCGACUGCCGUGAAGUGACUGUGGAGGGGGUGGACAAGGAGGGUCAGCCCCGGGUACACACAUUCCAGCUGCACGAGGAGGCUGUGAAGGGAUACACCACCAGCAGCGGGGACAUGCAAGGCUGCUACACCUGCUGCCGCUCAUUCGCCCGCGAGCUGGUGUACAACCUCGAGCUGCGCUUGGGAGACCUGACGCGCUUGAACGGGGCGAAGCUCUUCAUGCCCCGCUCGUGGCCUAGGGGCGCCGAGGCAAGAGACGCAGAGUGCAAGGAGCACCUGCACGGCCUCGUCCAUCUGUUCCAGGCCAAGAACCGGGACACGAUCUUGCCAGCUGCGCCAGAGAGGGAGCGGGCCAAGGCCAAGUUUGUUAAGGGGAGUGGCCGCCGGGUGGUGCAGGUGGAGGAGGAGGAGCUAGACGAGGGCAUGUCUGGUUCUGCAGGCGAUGGCAGUGAGAGUGAUGAUGAUGAUGCCA